UUCGCAAAGAAUUUUCGGUUUUAUUUUUUGGUGCAAAUAAAAAUAACAGGCAUUGAAGAAACAAACCCAAUUAUAAUUCUACAUUUUUGUUAAAUAAAAAAAUGCGAUGUAUUAAUUUUUCAAAUAUAGCAUUGUUCAUAUAAUAAAAAGUCAACGAAACUUCUAAAUAAGGUUUAUUCAUUCUGGCAUAAGAAUGUCUGAUAAACAGUUGAAGUUGGGGCAGAGGGUGGCCGUGGUUGGCAAAAAUGUUAAAGGCACAGUCGCCUACAUGGGUCAUCCAACUUUCGCGUCCGGUAAAUGGAUAGGAAUUAUUCUGGACGAACCUAAAGGCAAGAAUAAUGGGACUGUUCGUGGCCACGCUUAUUUUCAGUGCCAAGAGAACUACGGUAUGUUUGUGCGGCAAACGCAGCUCCAACUGCUCGACGGUGACGACAAUCCGAUGGAGACGUCCAUGACGACGUCCAGUGAGGACAUCAAGACGUCGCUACCUAACCGACGGCUGAGCAGUAUAACAGUCGCGCAGAGGUCUAGACCGACUACGGUGCGUCGAAAAGCGUCGCCGGCGCAGUCGAAAACGGGAACCUUGUCUAUGUCCAGUUCCAGGACAUCGCUGGCGAGCAGUCGGCAAUCGUUGACGUCGUUCGUCUCGCCGACCACUGAGCGGGCGACGUCACCGGACCUGACUAGCAAGAGGGCUUCGUUCGUUGAGACCGGAUUCGUAGAAACACUUACGCCGCAGUUCACGCCGGGUCAGAGCAUCACGUCGCCGCAGACGAACACCACGGCAGCUGAGGAGAAGCUGGCCAAUUUGCAGGCGCAGCAGGAGAUAACCAACCUCAAAUCCGAAGUCGAAGAUCUCAAGGAGAAACUGGAAACGCUGAAGGUCCGUCGUUCGGAAGACCGCGAGAAGCUGCGCGAACUGGAGCGAGUCAGGUUACAGCUGGAACAAGCCAAUGAGUUCAAGACGAAGAUUAUGGAGUCGCAAGCGCAGCUGCAGAGGGACUUGCAGAGGGCGAAACAAGAGAUCCGUGAACUACAAGAGGCGCUAGAACAGCACAACGAUGAAACCGCCGAACUACAAGAAGCAGCCGAAAUGGCGGCGCUCGAUAAAGAAAUGGCCGAAGAAAGAGCUGAAGCACUACAAAUGGAGUUGGAACAGUGCAGGGAGAAGCUGGAAGAAGCAACCCUGGAUCUGCAGCUGAUGAGGGCCGAGAUGGAGGCUGGUGGCAAUAUACAGCACCCGUACGCAGCGGGCGACGGCGCGACCGGCUACGAGGUGCGCCAGCUGCAGCAGCAGAACGUGCGCAUGCGCGAGACCUUAGUGCGGCUCCGGGACCUGUCCGCGCACGACAAGCACGCCAUGCAGAAGAUGCAGAAGGAUCUAGACCAGUACAAAUCUGAAAUAGCUGAACUGAGCAGGACGAAAGAGAAGCUAUCAGCCAGGGUGGAGGAACUUGAGGCCCAAGUGGCUGACCUUCGGGAGCAAGUGGACGCAGCCUUGGGGGCUGAGGAGAUGGUGGAACAGCUUGCUGAGAAGAAGAUGGCGCUGGAGGACCAGGUGGAACAAUUAAAACAAGACGUGCAAGAAUUGGAAGCACUACAAGAGAUCCACGAACAAUUGGUCGAAUCGAAUAGAGAGUUGGAGAUGGAUCUGCGCGAGGAAUUGGAGAUGGCACAUGCUGCUACCAGGGAGGCGGUUCGCGAGCGAGAAGCCGCCUUAGAAACAAUAAUGGAUCGAGACACGACGAUCGUGAAGUUCAGAGAGUUGGUGCAAAAAAUGACUGAACAAUACAAUGAAUUGAACAAACAGUUGGACUCUAAACAAGACUCCCCAGCGCCUUCAGAACAAGAGUCGACCCCAGAGCCUGUCUCCAGGUCUUCUCCACCAGUAGAGCUGGGUACCCUCGUCCAGCAGUCCAGGGCUUCCACAAGGUCGAUAGACCUGCAGUUACGAGCCCUGGAGCUGAACCAGGCCAAGGCUAGGGCCACCAUGUUGGCUGCGUGUCUUCCAGAUCACUUUAUGACCAGCGGUGGUGACCAUGACGCCAUCUUGUUCAUACUGCUUCUGCAACGUCUCAACGCUAAAGCCGAAAUCAUUUUAGGACAAAUUAGGGAAAGAUUCCCAGCGGUCAACGUGUGGGACAGAGAGGCUAUAACGAAGACGCACACGGCCGUGCAAUAUAGCUUCCGUUGUCAACUUGAAUAUCAGCUAAUGAUGAUACAGUGCAUGGUGUGCAUGUGGAGCGGCGCGUUAGAGACGUGCUCACCAGAAGUGCUGCUCCGAGCAGCGUCCGCGCUGCCGGACGCGGCCGCGCAGGAGCGCGCGCUCGACGCAGCCGCGCACUUGCUCAAGACGAACGAGCUGGACGAGAACUGCUCGCUGGACGGCAUCGAGCGCUGCUGGACGUACCUGUCGGCCAUGUGGGCGGCGCUCGGCAUGAGCUCAGUGUGCGCGGGCGCGGCGCGCGAGGUGGUCGUGCAGGCGUGCGCUGCGUUAGAUGCAUUAGCACGUGCGUUGCACGCGGACGCGAGCGCGCUCACGCAGAUACUCCAGGCGUCAGAAAGGCAGCUGGAACUGGGCCAGCUGCACGAAGCUAUACAGUCGAGCUGCUCGUCGCUGCAGCAGCAGCUCAAAGCUGUCAGGAGGCGACUACCGCCUGGAGUGAACCUGAACAAUCUGCCUAUUGACUUGCAGCUAGUAGAGCGUCUGCGCGGCGAUAGCGCAGUGGCUCUAUGGCGGUGCGCACGUGCUGCUUCGCUAGCUGCUCGAGCGGCUUGCGCUUGCGCAGCGACCGCCGGGGAGCGGGCUGAUGGGGCACCGCUAGCGCACACAGCACUGGCCGCUAUAUGGACGGCGGCUACGGAUAAGAUUUAUCAGCAAGACGAUCACGGCCCAGUGAAGACAAUUAAGCACGCUCUGUCCGUGGUGUCGGCGGAUGUCGGCAAGUUGGCCGCCUUCACGCAGGACAAGGAGUACGACGUCAUGUCGCUCACCAACGUGGCGCAGGACAAGCCAACGCCACCUAUCGUGUUACGAGCGCAACAUGUUAAGAAACAACUGGAAGAAACGAAAACCCUCACAAUCCGACUCGAGAACAAGGAAGCCGAUAUUAAGGAGCUUAGGAAAGCGCUAAAGGCGAAACAAGAGGAACUAUCAGAGAUGCAAAUACGUAGAGAAUUGGGUGAGAGGAAAUUAACGGCUGCCGCUAGAGAUGCCGAGCUGAAGGCUGAACAGUUGCAGAGGAAACUGGAAGACGCUAACAAUCAGCUUAAGAGAAAAGAGAAAGAGUUCGAAGAGACGAUGGACCACCUGCAACAAGACAUCGACUCGCUGGAGAGCGAACGCGGCGCGCUCAGGGACAAACUGAAGAUGUACGCUAAGAGGGGCGGCACGCAUCACGCCGUGACGCCGCCUGUGCCCACAGUUCGGGACUUUUCACCUGUGGCCCCGACGGCAACAACACAGAAAGAGGAGCCACAAGAAACACCGGUUAAGGUGACACCAGGAGUGGCCACCGGCGAAGUCAAUGAAGCGUUGCAACACCAACUGAAAGUUCUUAGCUGGCGUGUGGAACGCGAACGCUCAGCCCGUAUCGCGGCUUGCGCAAGAGCAGAACGCACGGCAAUACGCAGUUUGCGUCCCCUGCAGCACCCCGCAGCGCCCGCAGCCCGCGCCCGCCGGCAGGCCGCCGCGAGACUCGAGGCCGACCUCGCAGCGCUGCAUACUGAAUGGACGUUAUUCGUGGCACGUUCAGGUCUCGUCAAGUUUCCCGAAGAGCCGGGGAAGUACGCGAAGGCGCUGCAACAGCACAAGGAGAAACAGAGAGAGAUUAGGAGGCAAUUGGAGGAGAGACUAUUCGCGCUUCAAGCCGAAGCCAGAAGUUUGAUAUCCAUCCACCGACCUUGGCGUUGUGUUGAAGCCGACUUCACUGAGUUCCCCGCACCUGAGUUGACAGCGGCACUCACCGGCAAAGCGGUGGACAUUGGUACAAUAAAAUAUCCCGGCAACGCGACCGACAACGACACAAUAUACGUGACUCCAUCGCAAUUGGCCAAUUUACGAGAGUUGGUUGAAGAAUUAAAGUCUGAUGAAGUUCAGUUGGACUUGAAGCCUUUAGACCACACGGUGUGCGCCGCGUAAUAAUAUUUAUAUUAAAAAAAGUAUUUUUUCCAUUAUUCCAAUAUAUUUAAAAUUUGUUUAUUUUAGUAUGAAUGGAAAUUUAUAUAUUUUGUUCAUGAAAUUGUAAGUUGAGAAAUGUUUAUAAUAAUUAUAGAUAAUUAAUUAUGUAGGUAUAAGAAGAAUCUUUUAUUGUAUAAUCGUUUAUUUAUUUUGGCUGCUAUUAGCUUUUUAUUAUUUUAAUAUGACAAUUGUAUGCUUAAGGAAAAUUGGCGCGAAUACUAAUGUUUUUUAUUUUUUUUUUUUCAAUUGACAGAUGUAUAAAAUUAUAAUUUAUAAUCUGUAUUCACUCUAUAGUCUAUGUCAAACGUCAAGUAAGCGCGCGCACACCGCUUUGGUUAUGUCAAAGAAAAGGCCGUCGCAUGCGUGUUACAAUAAUUAUAACAGUACUUAAUAAAAAUGCAUAUUUAUA